CUGGUGUGGUGCGCCAUUGGUCUGGCCACCUGCUCCUUUGCCUACACUAAGCUCCUGGGUCUAGGCGAGCUCCUAGGUGUAGAUCUAUCUGCACAAUUCGGAGGACUGUGGCAGUACUUGACCAAUCUGGGACUGGUCGCCACGGCCAUUACCCUACUCCUCUCCUUGACGGACGCUCUUCUCCCUUCCUCCUCUCCCACGAGCCCAAGUCCGACCUUCAAGCUCAAGGAGCUCUCGAGCAUAAUCGCCCUACCAGGAGAGACGUUGAUCUUCCUCCUCUACUGGUCCAUCAUGCUUGCCAAACCCGAGCUCAUGGUCCCAACUCGGCAAGUAGACGAUCCCGCCAAUCCAGGCCAACUCCUCACCGAGACCAUCCGUCUACCCCUCAGCACAGAUCUAGCCCUACACGGCAUCCCCGCCGUCUUCCUCCUAGUGGAGCACCUCCUCUUCUCACCUUCCUUUCCCUCCUCUUCCACCUCACCCGCAACUCUCCUUGGACCCUUCAUUACAACCAUUGCCUACUGUCUAUGGGUGGAGUACUGCGCGAUGCAGAAUGGACACUUCCCCUAUCCGCUACUGGAGAUCAUGGAUGCACCUGCGAGAGGAGCACUCUAUGUUGGUUGCAGCGCA